AUGCCCGCAGCAGCACUCCAGCCACCUGCGCUCCUUCCCCAGCAGUGCACCCUGGCGCCGCCUCGUCCCCACACAGCCCGCGAGGCACCGGCCUCCUCUGCUUCGCGCCUCCCGAGCACCGACCAAGAGCCCGAGCUCCAUCUUCUACGCCCGCGUCUGAGCGAGAGGAGCUCGCUGCUCGAGCAUGCACAAGACCCAUGGCGCCCUCCCGAGCUCCUCCGAUGCGUGCCUCCACUCGUUCUCGUCUCCCUCCGUCUUCAUCGCAGCACCAUAGGACCAACAGCUCCACCGCGCGUGCCUGUCGGUGGCAAGAGUCCCAGGCCAGACCAGUUUGAUGGAGUUCCCAAAAUGCCCGACUCCAACGGCAAUGACAUGCACCACGAGGAGGAUGAUGGCCUCUUCACCUACUCCGACCCCGUCCUCCCUGACGCCUGGUCGUAG